AUGUCUUCCAAUAUGCUUUUGUACUCCCUAGGAGGAGCUUCUGUGUUUUCUGUCUUUGUUGUUACUAUUCUUAAUGCCCUCGCUUACGGGGCAGUCCAAUCCUUGUCCUCUUCCACUCGGACCACUGAGCUGGCCCCUGUCAGUUUGAGUGCUGUGAGCUGUGUGGCAUUGAUCAUGCUCACCUUCCUCGUGCAUAAAGAUAUUCGUCACGGCUAUCAAUGGCCUCGUUGGAAGGUUGGUGUGUUUUUUCUGACGAUUGCAUACCUGAUCAUUGCGGCCGGGUCAACUGCCGGAACUAUGGCCACGAAUCACAGCCUGUCCUCGCUAUGGAUUGCUCGAUCAAUCUUCUGGGGGCUUUCAGUCUUUGCACAAGGGUCUUACUGUGGACAUCUGCUUGUGAUCUGCUUUCAACAAAAAUCCGAGACUGCAUGGCCCCGCUCCUAUAAUCUCUCACAAGAGCUCAAGGCCCUCCCUGACACACCAACUUUGGUGACACCUCCCGCCCAGGUCUCGGACCCAUAUCCCGAGAUGAAUCGAUUCGAUACUCGAAGAGGCUCUCUUCGCAAGUUCCCUCGGCGUGCCAAUCGAGACUCUGGGCUCAGCUUAGAACUAUCCAAGUCGAAGCAUGGCUCUAUUGACACCACCUCCACCACAUCUACAUUACAGUCCCCAAACGAACAGGCCCAAUUUCAGGUAUAUAAAAUCCGGCCUUUGCUCCGAGGCAAUGGAAGCAUCCGCAGUAUGCCCAGCCUCCGCCAGGAUGUCUCCCGGCAGCUCUCGCUAGAUACCCUCGUUCAGCCUUCCCCAACAGCAUCCACAUUCCAUCUAGACUCCCCAACAGGGUCUAUGGAGACACUCACUAUUCAAGAACAAAAUAUUCAUCCCCUCUUUCGAUCCACAAGUCCUUGCCCCUCCCCUACGCCGACCCCGGGGACGAGGGUCAAGGCGUCCCCGUCUGCGGGCCAGACCAUCACACAUCAGACCCUGACUCGGAUGCGAUCCGCCCGAUCCCUCCGGGAAUCGCGACCAAGUCCAUCGCCAUUUCUCAGUGAAGAAGAAUUGGCCCAGGCGCGAAAGGAACCCGAUUCCGGGCUGUUGUCUUUCAUUGAUGCCGGCCAUGUCCGGCGCAGUAUCACGCAAUAUGAGAAGAGAUAUGACCUGAACGAAUCUCCCUACGAGAACUGA